AAACUGUGGGCCUGUGGCUGGAUGAGUAAAGCGUUUGUUCCUAGGAUCGAUAUAAGAGCAGAAACUUGUCACUGAGAAAUUUUAAAGCGGCCGAUGGGGACGAGAAAAGUAUACGAGGAGAAGCUGAGAAGCGGGAAUCUUCAUCACGAUCCCACCAUUAAUCCCGGUCUGGGAUCCCCUCGCUGCCCACGAUGUCUCUCUUUGUUGGAUCCUAAUUCUGACAAGACUGAGUGGGCUAUCACUUCCGUUUUGCACGACGCAACCGCCGUGGCUGGCUCUGGUAUUGGUGCUAUGCUAAGUGCAGUUCAUGGUCUUAAUACAGGGAUUCCGUUUCUUCAAAAUCGUCUUAAGGGACCAAAGUGGGUUCCCUUUGUAGCUGGGAUGCCUCUGCUCCUAAUGUUUUCAGGUGCAAGUGCUGCAUUUGGAGGUUAUGUACUUCCGAAGUUUGCCCAGCUCACUGUGACUUCUUACUAUGCUGCAUCAAGUGCUUCACAUUAUGGGAUUUCGCUUCUAACUCGGCAUAUCGAAGAGGCCCACAUGUCCAAAACUUGGCAAGAAAGGCUAAAGUGAUCUUCUUGUAGGUGCCAAUGAAGAAUCUAUAUUUCUCAAAUAUACAAACCCGGCCAUAUAUUUGACAACCUUUAGACAGCUACUUGUGGUAUUUUUUUUGACACUACAAAAUGUGCUUAAAUUAAUAAAGUAUCGGUUAAUGGUUUAAUUUGCAUCACUGAAAUGUUUCAUCUACUCAAAUUUAUUGGUUAUAUUAAUGAUUCUGGGGAGGGGGUGAUAGUGUAUUGUUAUUCAAUGUAUAAGGCUGUUGGAGAUAUCUGUGAUUCUCGAUGGGCCAAAACAGAUUUAUUCUUUCUUUAUAAUAAAUCCUCACUGUGUAAUUUUUUUUUUUAAUUGAGAAAACUUUAUAUGA